AUGGCGCCCGGAUCUGGGACCGCCUUGGGGCAUCCCGUUCCGUCCAAGCCUGUCCUUAAGGAUCGCCAAGGUAACAGGUUUUUCCUGACGGCAUAUGGGGCCCUCUACAUAUCUGACGUUCAGAAAGAGGACGCCCUCUCUACCUACCGCUGCAUCACCAAGCACAAAUACAGCGGAGAAACCAGGCAGAGCAAUGGGGCUCGUCUGUCUGUGCUGGACCCCACUGAAACCCCACCUUCUGUGAUGGACAGUUUCCAGUCAGGAGAAGUACAAGUGGGGCGAAGCAUAGAGUUGCCCUGUAUCGCCUCCGGUUACCCCAACCCCACCAUCCGCUGGUUGAAAGAUGGGAGGCCCCUUCCUGCUGACUCCCGCUGGACACGGCGACUGACCGGCCUCACAAUCAGCGACCUCCGUCUGGAAGACUCUGGAAACUACAUCUGUGAAGUCACCAACAGCUUUGGCUCCAAAGAGGUCACAGGACGCCUUAAUGUCAUCGAGCCUCUGAGAGUCACAUUAUCCCCCAAGAACCUGAAAACAGGCAUCAGCAGCACAGUGAUUCUGUCCUGUGCCGUUCAGGGCUCGCCCCAAUUCACCGUCUCCUGGUUCCGCAACACAGAACCCAUCGUGCCUGACCAGCACUUCUCCAUCCAGGGAGCCCACAAUGAAACUCUCUUCAUCACGGCAGCCCAAAAAAGACACUCAGGGGCAUAUCAGUGCUUCGCCACCCGCAAGGGUCAGACCGCACAGGACUUCUCCAUCAUACUGCUUGAGGACGGCACCCCACGGAUCGUCUCGUCUUUCAGUGAGCGCGUAGUAGCCCCUGGUGAGCCCUUCUCUCUCAUGUGUGCGGCCAAAGGCGCUCCACCCCCCACCAUCACCUGGACGCUGGACGACGAGCCGGUAGCGCGGGACUCGGCGCACCGGGCCAGCCAGUACACGCUCUCCGACGGCUCCACUGUCUCGCACGUCAACGUCUCAAACCCCCAGAUCCGGGACGGGGGCGUGUACCGCUGCGCCGCACGCAACUCGGCCGGUAGCGCCGAGUACCAAGCGCGCAUAAACGUAAGAGGUCCUCCCAGUAUCCGGGCCAUGCGGAAUAUCACAGCUGUGGCCGGUCGCAACACUUUCAUUAACUGUCGUGUGAUUGGUUACCCCUAUUACUCCAUCAAGUGGUUUAAAGACGGGACAACGCCGUUGCCAGACAACCAUCGUCAGGUGGUAUAUGAGAAUGGCACUCUGAAGUUGAGUGAUGUGCAGAAGGGUACAGAUGAGGGGGCGUAUCUGUGCAGCGUGCUCAUCCAACCCCAGCUCUCCAUUAGCCAGACUGUCUACGUCACAGUCAAAGUUCCUCCCCUCAUCCAGCCCUUUGACUUCCCUCCUACCUCCAUCGGUAAGCUGAUGUACAUAGCUUGUGUGGUGUCCUCCGGAGACAUGCCAAUCCGGAUCACCUGGAGGAAGGACGGGCAGGAGAUCGUGUCAGGAACAUCAGGAGUCACCAUCGAAACCAAGGAGUUCAUGAGCUCCCUUCAGAUCUCUAAAGUUUCAUUGCAGCACAAUGGAAACUACACCUGUAUUGCCAGCAACGAUGCAGCAACUGUCAGUUCAGAGAGACAACUCAUAGUAACAGUUCCCCCUGGUUUUCGGGUUCAGCCUAAUAACCAAGAUGGGAUCUACGGCAAGUCAGAAGUUCUGAACUGCUCUGUGGAAGGGUACCCUCCUCCCAAAGUUGUCUGGAAGCAUGCCAAAGGUAUAGGGAACCCCCAGCAAUACCAUCCAGUUCCAUUGACAGGUCGCAUCCAGAUCUUGUCCAAUGGUUCUCUGCUGAUCCGCCAUGUUUUAGAGGAAGACCGGGGAUACUACCUGUGUCAGGCCAGCAACGGAGUGGGGUCCGACAUCAGCAAGAGCAUGAUGCUCACUGUUAAAAUUCCAGCUAUGAUCACAUCCCACCCAAACACUACCAUGGCCAUAAAGGGGCAAAAUAAGGAGUUAAACUGUACCGCCCGAGGUGAGUACCCCAUCAUCAUUCGCUGGGAGCGAGGCGACACCGUUAUUGACCCUGACCGCAACCCUCGGUACUCCAUCACUACCAACCCCAACGAGAAAAGCGAUGAAGUUAUCUCCACACUGAAGCUGAAGCCAGCGGAGCGAGGGGAUUCCGUCUUUUUUUCCUGCCACGCCAUCAACUCAUAUGGCGAGGGCCGAGGGCUCAUCCAGCUGACGGUGCAAGAACCCCCUGAUCCCCCAGAGCUGGAGGUUCGAGAGGUCAAAGAUCGCAGUAUGAACCUGAGGUGGACGCAGCGGUUCGACGGCAACAGCAUCAUCACCAGCUAUGACAUCGAGUACAAGAACAAAUCUGACCCAUGGGAGCUGAAACAUGCCACCCGUAAGAUCUCGCCCACCAACAACCAGGCCAACAUAGUGGAGCUCCACCCGGCGUCCGUGUACAGCAUUCGCAUGUACUCCUACAACAAGAUUGGACGCAGUCAAGCCAGCAAAGAGCUGACCAUCAGCACAGAGGAAGCACCUCCUGAUGGGCCACCCAUGGAUGUGAUUUUACAGCCAAUGACCUCUCAGAGUAUUCGUGUGACCUGGAAGGCACCUAAAAAAGAGCUCCAGAAUGGAGUGAUCCGUGGCUAUCAGAUCGGAUAUAGGGAGAAUGGACCGGGCAGUAAUGGACAGUACAGUAUUGUGGAGAUGAAAGCCACAGGUGAUAGUGAGGUGUACACCCUCGAUAACUUGAAGAAGUUUGCUCAGUAUGGUGUGGUGGUCCAGGCAUUCAACCGAGCCGGAACCGGACCUUCCAGCUCUGAGAUCAAUGCCACAACACUUGAAGAUGUUCCCAGCCAGCCACCCCAGAAUAUACGGGCCAUCACGGUGACAUCAGACGAGGCGGUGAUCACGUGGUCCGAGCCCCCACGGAUGACCCUGAACGGGGUUCUGAAGGGCUACCGUGUGGUGUUCUGGUCCCUCUACCCCGAUGGAGAAUGGGGAGAGAUGCAGAACAUCACUACCACUCGUGAGCAGGUGGAGCUGAAGGGUUUGGAGAAGUUCACAAACUACAGCAUUCAGGUCCUGGCCUACACACAGGCAGGAGAUGGCUUGGUCACCGGGAGGUGGUAUAUCCCAUCUCUCUGUCAUACAUUAAUAGUGUUCUGUCUCUCUUUUUCUCUUUCAGACCCCGGCCCUCCAGCUGGCAUCAAAGCAGUGCCAUCCUCUGCCACCAGUGUGGUGGUAUCUUGGCUUCCCCCCAUCAAGCCCAAUGGUAUCAUCCGAAAAUACACAAUUUACUGUUCCAGCCCUGGAUCGGGCCAACCGGCACCCAGCGAAUACGAAGCCAACCCUGAGCUGCUGAUAUACAGAAUCACCCACCUUACCCGGGGUAAGCAGUAUCUGAUAUGGGCAGCCGCCGUUACCACUGCUGGUCGAGGAAACAUCAGCGAGAAGGUGACUGUGGAGCCUGCUGGGAAAGCUCCUGCUAAAAUCCUGUCUUUUGGAGGAACGGUGACCACUCCAUGGAUGAAGGAAGUCCGGCUGCCGUGCAGCUCAGUAGGAGAGCCAACACCCACCAUCAAAUGGACCAAAGACAGUGAGGACACCACCAUUCCAGUCACUCAAGAUGGUCACCGGAAUAUUCUUUCAAAUGGUACCCUGGUGCUGCGCUCUGUGAAAGCCGAGGAUUCUGGGUACUACACCUGCACGGCCACCAACACACUGGGGUUUGACACAAUCAUCGUAAACCUGCUGGUGCAAGUGCCUCCAGAUCAACCACGUUUAACAGUUUCCACCACGUCCACGUCUUCAAUCACUCUGGCUUGGAUCCCUGGAGACAACGGAGGAAGUUCCAUCAGAGGUUUUGUGCUGCAGUAUUCAGUAGACAACACUGAGGAGUGGAAGGAUGUCUUCAUUAGCUCUAGUGAACGUUCUUUCAAGUUGGACAACCUGCGCUGUGGUACCUGGUACAAAGUCAAACUUGCUGCAAAAAACAGUGUGGGAGCUGGUCGCAUCAGCGAGAUCAUUGAGGCCAAGACUCACGGCAGAGAGCCACAGUUCAAUAAAGACCAGCCCCUUUUCACUCACAUCAACUCCACCCAUGCCCGACUUAACCUGCAGGGCUGGACGAGUGGCGGCUGCCCCAUCACUGCUGUCCUGCUAGAGUUCCGCCCCAAAGGCACCUGGGCCUGGCAGAGUGUGCGCACCAACACCUCAGCUGACAUAUUCCUUGCCGAGUUGCGUGAGGCCACUUGGUAUGAGCUAAAAAUGAAGGCGUGCAACAGCGCUGGGUGUGGAAACCAGAGCUCCCAGUUUGCCACGCUGGAUUAUGAUGGCAGCACUAUUCCGCCUAUUAAGUCAGCACGAGGGGAAGGGGAUGAUGUUAAAAAGCUUUUCUCUAUUGGCUGCCCUGUCAUCCUGGUCACGUUGGGCAUGGCCCUACUCUUCAUUAUUCGCAAGAAACGCAAAGAAAAAAGACUCAAGAGACUUAGAGAUGCUAAGAGCUUGGCUGAGAUGCUUAUCAGUAAGAACAAUCGAAGUUUUGACACUCCAGUGAAAGGCCCACCUCAGGGACCUCGACUGCACAUAGAUAUCCCCCGCGUGCAACUACUCAUCGAGGAUAAAGAGGGAAUCAAACAGAUAGGUGAAGACAAGGCCACCAUCCCUGUGACGGACACGGAGUUCAGUCAAUCAGUGAACCCUCAAAGCUUCUGUACGGGCGUGUCUGUGCAUCACCCUGCCCUCAUCCAGAACACAGGCCCAUUGAUUGACAUGUCAGACAUCAGGCCGGGCACCAAUCCAGUAUCGAGGAAGAGUGUGAAGUCUGCGCACAGCACGAGGAACCGCUAUUCCAGCCAGUGGACUCUGACUAAAUGCCAGGCGUCCACACCUGCUCGCACUCUCACCUCAGACUGGCGGACAGUGGGCUCCCAGCAUGGCAUUACGGUCACAGAGAGUGACAGCUACAGCGCCAGUCUGUCCCAGGACACAGAUAAGGGACGAAACAGUAUGGUCUCCACAGAGAGUGCGUCUUCCACAUACGAGGAGCUGGCCCGAGCGUAUGAACAUGCUAAGCUGGAGGAGCACCUGCAGCACGCCAAGUUUGAGAUCACCGAGUGCUUCAUCUCUGACAGCUCCUCUGAUCAGAUGACCACCGGCACCAAUGAUAACGCGGAUAGCAUGACCUCUAUGAGCACACCAUCCGAACCGGGCAUCUGUCGCUUCACUGCCUCCCCGCCCAAACCGCAGGACUAUGAUCGCGGCAAAAACGUGGCAGUGCCCAUUCCCCACCGCGCCAACAAGAGUGAGUACUGUAACCUCCCCCUCUACAUGAAGACAGACCCUUUCUUCCGGAAACAGGCGGAGCUGCACGACCCCUGCCCUGUGGUCCCACCCCGCGAGGCCUCCAUCCGGAGCCUUGCCGCCCGGGCCUACCAUACACAGGGCCGCCACAUGACAUUAGACCCCUCAAAGCAGCAGGCCCUGACACUGAGCCACGGCGGCCUGAGCAGCCUGACCAGCUCAGGGGCCUCUGGUACGUCGGGCCCAGCUUCAAGCGGGGCUGCUGGGAGCUCCAGCAUCAGCUCAGGCACGGCCACCCUGCCCCAGAGAACUCUCACAAUGCCCAGCACCUCCUCCACCUCCUUGGCCCCAAGCGGGGCAGUCGCCGCUGGAGCAGGAGCCAGCACGAGCUCCACGGGAGGCAUCGGCCCGACGCCUGGCAGUUCCAAGGUUGGGGGAUCCAGAGACUCUCUGCUAGAGAGCAGCUCGUCUGGCCUGGGCAGACUGCAAAAGCAGAAUGCUGGGGCCUACUCCAAAUCCUACACUCUGGUGUAGCGCACACACACACACACACGUAUACGCAUACAGUACGUUCACACACACAUCUGGAGUCUGGGCAGGGGCGGAAAUGAACAAUGGCGGGACAGGGGUCUCUCUCUCUUUUCCUCUCGGUUACCUUUUUCUGCAUUCCUUUUUUAUUCUUCUGUUCAAGCUUUUUUUAUCUGGCCUUCUCCAGGAUUAAAUAUGCCAAAUCCCAGGACCUUUCCCCAAUUUUCCCUUUUUUUUGUCUUAUGCUUUGUCCUUCUCUCUUGCUUUCUUCCCCACUCUCCUUUCACUUCUUUCUGUCAAAGACACCUUGGACCUUAUGCACGAAAUGCUUUCCAGGUGCACUUGUUCAUUUGACUUCUCAACUUCAGAAAAUAGGAAAAAAACGGUUUUAAGAGAUGUAUUGUUUCACAUUAACCUGUCUAGAUGUUUUUAGGCUCUCAAAAAAAGUGUCUCUUUUUAUGUCUCUCAUACUGCAACACAUUGCCUCGGAAAGCUUAUGCAUAAACAAAUCCACCACGGUGUCCACCUUCCGCCCCUCCUGAUCCACAAUGGUCUGGAAAAACAGCUCGAAGACGAAAGUCUCGACCGCCUGAAUCGAGUCUUUGGGAUUUUUUCAUGCAAUUGAUGACACAGUAUAGAGUGUUAUUGACUAUUUUGUAAACGAACAAGAAAAAAAAAAGUGAAAAAAAAAUGUUUGGAGCCAUUUUCACUGCGGAUUUAUGGUUACUGUACUUUUAUUUUUUUGUUCCGUUUUCUAUUUUUGGCAUUUUGAACUUAAGCACUAAGGAGGGCUGGGUGGAUCCACAGAGCUUUCUCAAGCUUGUGUACGUGUGGUGUGUGUGUGCAUGUGUAUGUAUAUGUGUAAAUAUACAUGUAUACAUGUGGCCAGCACACACCUUUAAAGGACCUCUCAACCAGGCCUGCACACUUGGUCUCUUGGCAUCACAUUGGCUUGGAGACGCCAGAUGCCGCCCACUGAGCUACAAGGUCUAGAGUCCAUAUGAAAAGGGGGGACAAGUUGGAGAGAGUAUUCAUUAUCUCUCUACUCCCUUCGAUAUGAAAGAAAGGCUCUUUUUUGCUGUUUGUUAGUUCAUUCGAUUGUUUGUGAUUGAUUCUUAUCACCCAUCCUUCCCCACCCAGACCUCCCCCAAAAAGGUUACCACUUCCUCUGUCUCACUGUGAACGCCUAACAGCCUCUCCUGGAUGGACCAAGCGCAGGCAGAAAGGCAGGAAGAGGGCAGAGAGGUAGCUAGGAAGUAGAGGCAGACGGGCCCGUGAACAGAGAAAGAGAGAUAUCUGCUGUCGCUGUGUAGCUUUUCUGUGUUUGUUCAUCGUUUCUCUUUAUUCUUUGCUUUCCUUCCCCACACGAAGACUCUAGCGGUCGUUCCUAUUCGAAGGUCUUAGAGACUCUAGACUCUAGCGCAGGGGUGGAUUAAGGAGGGAAUAAGUGAAAUAUAGGAGGGGAAGGUUUCAUUCAACCCCUAAAUGGAUCGAAAUGCCUUUUAACCCUCCUUCGUUCACUCGGUUCCCAAAGCAAAGCCCCAUCACAGAGAAACUUCCAAAAAUCGACAAACUCUCCCAAUGAUUUCAAUGGAAAAAAAAGUACUACAUCAGGGCUCCUGCAAUACAAAAGAAAAAUAUAUUGCAAUGUUUGUUGUCAAAAUAUAUACAUAUAUAUUUCUAUCUAAAGAUAUAGUAAAUAUAUACGUGGUGAGAGCAGAGAUUUAAUGCCAUAUCUAAUUGAAAUAAAAAAAUGUUAUUUUAAAAAAGAUUUGAAGACAAUCGCUCAGUGGGAGGUGCAGCAGUAAGCGAGAGGAGAUGUCGAUCACGAAACGCUGAGAUAAACGGGUAACAUAACUUAGACAGAUUGAAAAAGAACGGCAGAGGGUGUGUUUCGACAUUCCGCGGUUGGGAAUUCUGGGAAAAGACCUUUGAGGUUCCCAAACUAACUUCCUGUCAUCGUUAUAAUCAGCCGGGCUGCAUAGUGCAACACGCCUGUAUGGUAUGAAGGAGAUAUUUAUGGACCGUUCCAAACACACUCUCUACAGUUGCUUGGAAACAAUGGAAAUUUGCCACUGCAACUCCAGCUCAUAGAUGGACAUCUGUGAGCGCCAUCUGAAUCCAUGCACCAUCUCUACUGUAGUUUAAAAUACCCACAGUACUUUGAGAGCUUUCUGUCAGGUCCUUAAAAAGACAGUUCACCCAAAAAUAAAAAAAUGUCAUUAUUUACUUACCCACAUGUUGUUCCAAACCUGUAU